AUGAAAACCAGUUGUAGACCAAAUUUUUACUUGUUAAUUGACCAGUUGAACUUGGAAAAGAGAUUGCACACAAGGAAAAAAUCUUAUGACUGUAGGGAGUGUGGAAAAGCUUUUUCUUGUAAGUCACACUUCAUUAGACAUCAGAGAACCCACACUGGGGAAAAACCUUAUGAAUGUAGUGAAUGUGGGAAAGCUUUUUCUGUUAAAUCAAACCUAAUGGGGCAUCAGAGAAUCCACACAGGGGAAAAACCUUAUGAAUGUAGUGAGUGUGGAAAAGCUUUUUCUGAUAAGUCAAGCAUUAAAUCACAUCAAAGAAUACAUACAGGUGAAAAACCUUAUGAAUGUAGUCAGUGUGGAAAAGCUUUUAUUCGUAAGUCAAACCUCAUUUCUCAUCUGAGAAUCCACAGUGGGGAAAAACCUUACGAAUGUAGUGAGUGUGGAAAAGCUUUUCUUCGUAAGUCUCUCCUCAUUAGCCAUGAGAGAAUCCACACUGGGGAAAAACCUUAUGAAUGUAGUGAGUGUGGAAAAACUUUUAUUUGUAAGUCACACUUCAUUAGACAUCAAAGAACCCACACAGGGGAAAAACCUUAUGAAUGUAGUGAGUGUGGGAAAGCUUUUUCUGAUAAGUCAAGCCUAAUGGGGCAUCAGAGAAUCCACACAGGGGAAAAACCUUAUGAAUGUAGUGAGUGUGGAAAAGCUUUUUCUGAUAAGUCAAGCAUUAGAUCACAUCAAAGAAUACAUACAGGUGAAAAACCUUAUGAAUGUAGUCACUGUGGAAAAGCUUUUAUUCGUAAGUCAAACCUCAAUACUCAUCUGAGAAUCCACAGUGGGGAAAAACCUUACGAAUGUAGUGAAUGUGGAAAAGCUUUUCUUCGUAAGUCACUCCUCAUUAGCCAUGAGAGAAUCCACACUGGGGAAAAACCUUAUGAAUGUAGUGAGUGUGGAAAAGCUUUUUCUUGUAAGUCACACUUCAUUAGACAUCAGAGAACCCACACUGGGGAAAAACCUUAUGAACGUAGUGAGUGUGGAAAAGCUUUUUCUCGUAAGUCAAACCUCAUUUCUCAUCUGAGAAUCCACACAGGGGAAAAACCUUAUGAAUGUAGUGAGUGUGGAAAAGCUUUUUCUGAUAAGUCAAGCAUUAAAUCACAUCAAAGAAUACAUACAGGUGAAAAACCUUAUGAAUGUAGUCAGUGUGGAAAAGCUUUUAUUCGUAAGUCAAACCUCAUUACUCAUCUGAGAAACCAUAGUGGGGAAAAACCUUACGAAUGUAGUGAAUGUGGGAAAGCUUUUUCUCUUAAGUCAAACCUCAAUAUUCAUCAUAGAAUCCACACUGGGGAAAAACCUUACUAA